AUGACACAACGGAAUGCAGCGCGCGAACCGACCUUUGGAUCUGAAAGGGUCUUUCGCAAUGGAAAUCCAGGAGUCGAGCCCAAGGCUCGAAAAGCUUGCACAAACUGCCGAAAGCAGAAAAUGAGAUGUCUUCCGGGGAACGGAAAUAUCUGUCGCAGAUGUUAUCGAUCUGGAUUGCCAUGUAUAUUCAUACCAAGGGCAAAUGCGGCAAACGUUGGGGAUCUCGUACCUAGCCAGCGACUAGAUGCGCAUUUUCAAGUCGAUGUGCUUCAGAGGCUCCGAACCAUCGAGGAAAUUCUUGGUAUUGGCUGUCCAGAAUCAACUGAGGAGGCCACCAGUAACAGUAGGGCUCUAUCCGACAAUGUACCGUCUGAAUUGCGUGGCUUCCAAGCAUUGUGGGAAGCGCUCAGAACACUGCAAGAGAAUUGCACUAACAUUGACGUCCCAUCUGCAAUCUGGAAUAAAAAUGUCGUUGGUGAACUUUGGUCAUCGUUUCAGGAUAGAAUGCCCGGGUUGCAUUUCAUGCCGAAAAAACAGACAUUUUCCUCUCCUCAACCAUUACUUCUUGUCGCUAUUUUGCAUUUCUCGAGCGUACGGGGCCCACCCGAAACAGCAGAAUUAUCUCCAAGCUAUUUUCGAGUAUUCAACAAUGCUAUUGCGCAUCUUCUUAUCCCUGAGAGUGCUUUUAGCCAACCGCCACAAAACGACUGUGCCAUCGAAGAAUGGGCAUUCCAGACUGUGUUAGGAAUCGUAUUGGCCGGACUGCUGAACGAAGCCAGCAUACCUGAAACUGGUUUGUGGAUAUCCGUUGCUUAUCGUUUAAUACUGGAGCAUUGCCCAGCUCAUGUCGACGAAACCUCGAGGGAAUGGAGAAAACUCUUUAGUGGUGUGCAAAUCAUUGAUCUUGAGCACGCAUCUCUCCAUCUGUCGUGCCCAGUCAUCCCGAUGGAGGCACCCUUGCCAGGCCUGCGAACUUCGCAUCGGGACCAAUUGAAUAAACUAUCACGUAUGAUGCAUACAGGUUUAACCCACUUCACAGGGAGAGGACUACCUACCAUCUGGUCAUGUUUUCAGUAUGACAAACCACUAGUUUCAAAUCUGGCAUCUUCGUUCACGGCAGUUGACGCAGCCGUUAUCAGGGACUGGGCUAGACAAUUAGAUGAAUGGCUCGAGGAGUUUAGCACGACAGUAGAAGGUUCAGAGCAUACUCGGCAUUUGGUCUUUCGACAAUAUGUACUACACCGUAUGGUAGUAUUGUCUAUCUACCAUACUGCUCGGGGUUGCGACCUCUGGUCUAGUACAGUCACACCCAAAGAACAACACGAAUUGCUCCUUUCGGCACGUGCGACGAUCAGACUUCAUGUGCAAGAUGACACGAUCUGGGCGAACUGGGAUCUAGUCAUGAUUACUUGGGCUGCGCUGAUUCUCUUACAAGGGAUAGAAGGCAAUGCAGGGGAAGUUAAUGAUCUAGAUGCGAUCAAAGUACACCUCGAUAAAUUGAAACAAGCGAAUGAUCCGAAACCCCUGUUGCACACCAAAUUGAUCACUCGUCUCGAUGGCAGUCUUCAAAAAGUCAACACCCACAAGGUAAACGACUCAUCCCAACAGAAUUACACCACACUUGAUGUCGAUAGCUCGUGGCAUAUUUUCGAUCAAGCCAGCCUUGAGCAGAUGAAUUUUGGAUCUUGGUCAUAUCCCGGGGCAUCUGAAUCUACCCAGUGGACUGAUGCACAAAUAUGA